UCUAGUUACCUUGCCGGACGGCUCAACAUCAUUACCAACACCGAGGCCAAAGGCCUUAACACCUUCGUGGGCACGUUCGCCCUGCCGUCGGUCAUAUUCCUCUCGCUGGCCGAGCUGAACUGGAGCACGGUCAAUUGGAACUUUCUGCUCUCGAUCUUGAUAUCGAAGACGAUCGUAUUCCUCGCCGUGGCCAUCAUCUCGCUGCUGGUGGCCCGCCCGGUCAACUAUGGUCGAGCCGGGAUUCUCGCCAUUUUCUGUACCCAAAGCAACGACUUUGCCAUCGGGUUUCCUAUCGUGACGGCGCUCUACUCGAAGUUACAUCCUGAAUAUGCGUCGUACAUCUACCUGUUGGCGCCCAUCUCGUUGGCCAUUCUGAACCCCAUUGGCUACGUUCUGAUGGAGAUCUCCAAAAUUAGAGCGAAAGCGACGGAAGAAACACAGACACUUCAGCAAACCCGUCGGCCAUCGAUUCCACCCUGCUCCCAACUGGCCGAUACUGGCACGAACUCCAGCCGCAAAUUCCUCAAAGGUAAAGUUCUAGUCGUUAUCAAAACCAUCGAAUCGAUCUUCUUCAACCCGGUGCUCUUCAUGACCGUCUUGGGCGUAAUCGGCGGACAGAUCUUCCGCAACGGAAUCCCAACCGUCCUCGCCAGUAUCCUGCAAGCCCUGGGUAACUCCUUCUCAGCGACGUCCCUGUUCCUACUAGGUUUAAGAAUGGUCGGCCAAGGGGCCACCCUACAAGGACCGGGCCUAAUACUUCCGGGAAUCUUGAUUCUGGUGAAGUUGCUGGUACUCCCGUUGGUGACUCGACAAACUGUGAACAUCAUCGGCGCCGGCGCCAACUUUUCCGAAACGACGGAUCUCAGCACGUUCGGGUUCCUGUACGGAACGUUUCCCUCGGCACCGGGCGUAUUCGUGAUAGCCUCGCAGUACAACCAGGAUGUGGAUCUGAUCGCCAACAGCAUGGUGGCGUCGACCUUCAUCAGCGCUCCUCUGAUGUUCAUUUCGGCCAAGAUGAUCACCAUCACGAAUCUCAAUCCGUCCGACUAUCUGAACGAGCUGGACAAGUUCGCCUUCGACAUCAGCAUCGUGGCCAUGUGCUGCUCGGUGUGGAUGCUGGUGCUGUUCACGCUGACUCGGCGGAUGAAGAAGAUGCCGCACCGGAUAACGAGCUGCUUGAUCAUAUCGCAGCUGAUCUGCAACAUUGGGGUGAUCAUGUGGUCGACGUUCGAUCAGAACUCCGGGUGGAAGAUGUAUCUGCAGUUUUACUUUUUUACUAUUGGGUGUUACAGUAGCCGGCUGUGGACGGCGUUCUUGGCGAUCACGAUUCUGUUCCUGCAGUGUCGAAGUCUGUGCUUCGUGCUGAAGCUGUGGCCGAUAUUUAUUGCCGCAGCUUGGGGUCUACCGACCAUCAUCGUAUCGCUGCUGUUCCUGCUGGACACCAAGAACAUCACUCCAACGGAGAAGCGCAACCCCAGCUUUCAGUACGGGAACGCCCAGGCCGCGAUCGCAGUGUUUCUUCUAGUCAUGUGCUUCAUCGUUACCGUGGGCUGUUUGAUUCUACACCAGCGUUUCAAGAAACGGCACGAAAAAUACAUGACCCUCUCGAGGGAGGUAUCCUCGCCGGAAACGGACACGAGUACGCUGGGCGCGACUUCGGUGACCAACUUGAUCCAGGAAGGAUCACCAACUGCGGCGGGUCAUCACAGUCGGACGGUGCACAGGCGUCGCCCGUCGGUGACUUCGAGUGAUGACGAAAUUCUGCGGGGUAACGAUGGUGGAGGAUGCGGUGGGGCUAAUGGCGGAGGUUGUUGCAGUGCUGGGAAUGGUGGCGGAAGUUCCAAUGGUGGUCGAAUUGUGGUAGAUAUUGAGGACCUAGUUGUUCAACGAAGCGUCAACAAUGAUAUUGAAAACGAGGAAACCAUAACCUCCAGUGGAAUGUGUUCUGCGCAGUUCCACUGUGCAUCCGCGUCCAAACAGCAGUGCAAAACACUGAUCGAACACUACCGCGAGCAGGCUCGCGACGGCCUGGAACCGCUGGAGUUCGACAAAACGGUCGACGAACAUCAAACGCUCAAGCACAUGGUCCUCCUGAUUCUGCUCCUCUGUUCCAUGUUCGUCGGCUUGGCGCUCUCGGUGUGGACACUCAUCAUGGAAGGCAUGUCCGGAAUCUACGUCGAGCUGACCUUCCUGGAUGCGUUCCUCAACUUUGGUCAGAGCAUUAUCGUUCUGGCCGUGUUCAUUACCGACACCGGCGAGCUGCUGCUGCCGUUGAUGAAGUUCUGGCGCAAGAUCUGGUACGGAGCGAACCUGCUUCAGCUGCCGAUUUGGAGCGAGCUGUCCGCCGAAACGCGACACAUUUGCGAUCAGUUCACGACGCAUCAUCUGGACAAUUGUCGGAAGGCGAUCGCCAGGGAUAAAAGAUGGCGCAUCCGUAUCUACAAGAAGGUAUUCUACGGUAACGUUUUCGUCGAUUGGCUCAUCGAGGUGGGCCUGGCCAAGGACCGCUCGGACGCCACGCACUACGCACGGCGCCUGAUCGAUGGACGGGUCCUGCGGCACAUCAACAACGUGUACCACUUCCACGAUCGCAACCUGCUGUACACGUUCUGCGAUCGUUUGUAGAUUGGCUGGCAUAGAUCGGCAAGAUCGGCCUAAUUCAGGAUCCGCACCAUCAUCUGGAGUGCUUUGCUUUACUCUCGCAGCAGCCAGUAUUUCUAGGGCAAAAAUAGACCAAAAAGCAGACGAAUAAUCAACAAUAAUUCUAGGAAUAGCACGGAGGUACAACCAAGAACUCCAAGAGUUUCCCAAACAACAAAAAGACGGAACGUAACCGGUUACCAAAAAGAAGACGGACAGAGACAAGGAAAGUAUUGUGAUGAACUACGAGACGAUUACUCGUAGAUUAUUAUUUGUUUAGGUAGUUUUGUUUCGUAAUGCGAAUUUUGUUGAAUAAUUCUUAGUUUAGACUAUUUAUUCCCAACUCCGCGAUAUUGUCUUGUCGGGCAAAAGAUCGAAGGUAUGAUUGAGCGGCAACGUGAUUUGAGUGAUUGUAAAUAUUUUAUUCUUUCUAACGGAAGGACCACAUUAGAAUGAACCAUUUAAAUUUAGCAUAUAGAAUAUUUUAUGAAUGUUGUAGCAUACGCUUUAAAGGUUCUCAAUCAAUACACAAAAACUUGGUCUGAUACAAGCUACAAAUAGAAAUAUAUACCUAUAUAUUAAAUAUUUAUAAUAUUGAGCAGCUUA